AUGGCUGCAGGAGUCUUGUUGCAAAAUGAAUUACCAUAUUGUUCUUUGGUAGCAAGCAGUGCUUAUCUUGCAACCAUGAGUUCAGGAAGGUCUCGGCGUCCUACUGCAAAAUAUACAAAAGUUGGAGAACGCCUUCGCCAUGUCAUUCCUGGUCAUAUGCAGUGUUCCAUGGCAUGUGGUGGCCGUGCUUGCAAAUAUGAAAAUCCAGCUCGGUGGAGUGACCAAGAACAAGCUGUUAAAGGGCUUUAUUCUUCCUGGAUUACAGAUAACAUAUUAGCCAUGUCUCGACCUUCAACAGAACUUAUUGAAAAGUAUAAUAUUAUUGAGCAAUUCCAAAGAUGUGGCAUAAAAACAGUAAUUAACCUUCAGCGUCCUGGGGAACAUGCUAGCUGCGGGAAUCCACUGGAACAAGAGAGUGGUUUCACCUACCUUCCUGAAGCAUUCAUGGAGGCGGGAAUUUAUUUUUAUAACUUUGGCUGGAAGGAUUAUGGUGUGGCUUCUCUCACUACUAUCCUCGAUAUGGUAAAAGUGAUGACUUUUGCCUUACAGGAAGGGAGAGUAGCUAUUCAUUGUCACGCAGGACUUGGCAGAACAGGUGUAUUAAUAGCUUGUUAUUUAGUGUUUGCAACAAGAAUGACUGCAGACCAAGCAAUCCUUUUUGUCAGAGCAAAAAGACCUAAUUCUAUUCAAACUAGAGGACAGCUGAUGUGUGUAAGGGAGUUUUCACAGUUCUUAAUUCCUCUAAGGAAUGUUUUUGCAUCCUGUGAGCCCAAAGCACACGCAGUAACACUUUCCCAGUACCUGAUCCGGCAGCGUCAUUUGCUCCACGGUUAUGAAAGCAGACAUCUGAAGCAUGUGCCAAAACUUAUUCAUCUGGUUUGCAAGCUGCUCUUGGAAUUGGCUGAAAACCGGCAGGUGAUAGAGGAGGAAUUGAUAGAUAUACCAGACCUGUCAGCUGAAAUUGAGGAGACUGUUUCCCAGUUAGCUUCUACUCAGCUUGAUAAAGAAUUAACAAGGCAAGACAGUAGUACUUCAGAGCCAUUUUCAUUCUCAGGGGCAAACCCUUUUCAUCCCAGUGAACAUGAAUGUGAUCCACUUUGGAAAAGGAGGAAUGCUGAUUACCUUCAGCCUCUGAGUCGAGCAAAACGGCGCCUGAGCUACAGUGACUCAGAUUUGAGAAGAGCCGUAUUUGUCUGUGAGCAAGGAGAAACACCAUGGUCAGUGCCUGUGCAAGUGCCAUUGUGCAACAAAACAGAUUUGCCAAGCAAUGUGGAUAAUUGUCAAACACUUCAGGUUGAGUUCAACCAAGAACUGUUAAUUCGUAGUACAUUUACAUUUUCUGGUCAGGGUAGAUGUAAUCUAGACAGAAAAGAAAGUUCUCCAGUUUGCCAUAAAAGUCAAUAUCCCAAAGAAAUACAGCGUAGUAAAACCUUUUCUUCUGGUCUUGCAAGUGAUCGGAAGGAAGAAAAAGAGGAGGAGGAAGAUGAGGAAGAGGAAAAAGCAUUAAACUAUCAUUGUGCCAGAAAAAAUAAUCUUUAUGGUAAAAGAAUGUGGUCCUCUGAAGAAUCAGACUCUUCUAAAGCAGAGCAUGAGCUCCAUGUUAUGUCUGAAGCAAUCCCUCAUAUUGUUGUGCAGUCAGAACUAACUGUGGAGGCAAGACGAACUUUGGCAGCCAAAGCCCUUGCAGAUCUAAAUGAAUUUAUGGGAGCAGAAGAAGUGAAGCAUAAAGUGGAAACAUGGCAGAAAGAACUGAAUUCUCAGAAUGGAGCCUGGGAUAAGAUAUGUGCUGAAAAUGAUCCCUUUAUCCUCAGUAGUUUGAUGUGGUCCUGGAUAGAGCAACUUAAAGAACCUCUUUUAAACAAAAAUGAUGUUGAUGUGUUAGCAAAAAAUGUAGACUCUCAAGACGCACUUAAAUUACUAGAAAAGGGAAAAUAUCACACAAUACUGUGCAUUUUAAAUUGUGUGGUAAAUUUGCAGACCAUCCCAGCAGAUGUGGAGGAGCUCCUUCUAAAUCGUGCCAUUAAAGCAUUCACAAAGGCAAGUAAUGUUAUGUUUCAGUGAUCUUUUGUUAUGGGUGAAUCAGCUGCUGAAGAUAAGCCUAGCACACUAACCUUAAUUAUUCUAGUAAUGAACUAUUUCAAAACAUUCCUUGCAAGGCAUUUUUAGCACAUGUGUUUCAUAUCAGUGCAGGGCUAUGGAACAUUAUUUGUUUCAACCAGUGUCCAGACCCACAUGGGGCUUGCUUACCAUGUUCAUCUCCAGGGUUUGCAUAAAACUGUCCUGAAUAGAACUGGGUUAUAUCCACAUCUAGAGCAGAUGUCCUGUGACUGAGAAUGUAGGAAGGCACAGUCAGAACUGUUCCCAUACUGUGGCGCAUUGUGCCCAUAAUUUUUAAAUUUCUUAACCAGAGCUUAGAGAUGGGGAGUGAGGUGCAGAAUUGCAUAUUAUCUCCUUGGAGCCCUUCUUGGGAGCAACCCUUCUAUUAACCAUACUUAAGUUGGUUGGUAGUGAUAUUAAACCAUGGGUAAGACAAUCCAAGUUCCAUAUCUGCACAGGAUUCUUAUUCAGUAUGUGAGAUGCAGUGUUAACCAGUAUUUCCUAGUUUUAGCCACAAUUAAUGAAUUAGCCUUAUUUAUUUUCUGUUCCACCCGUGCACCCAAAAUGGCUCUCUGGAUGGUUCACAAAGACCAAAUAACCAACAACAUAAAAUACCAAACAGAAAGAGUAAUAUUAAAAUACAGAACCAGAUAUACAUAAUAAAAAAUCAGCAGGCCUACAACAGUCUCAAUCAAGGUAAUCCAAAGGUCCAUAU